AUGGCAACAUCGGAAAGUCACCCCUCUAGCAGCACUGCCAUCGAAGUAUCAUUGGCAGCGUCUGUACCAGAAGCGGAGGGCGUUUCGAAAGUCCCUGAAAGUACGCAUGGUAUGGAUAGCAACAACGAGGAGACAGCUCCAGUCACCAGCGGCCAAAUAGAGGCACUAAAAGACGACUCAACCACGCUUGACGAGAAGGAGGACAAGACUACUGGUGAUUCUGUUUGUGAUGAUGACGAUGCAAAAGCAGUCAUCUCGGAGGGGAAACCGAUUCCCAGCUCCGCCGAAGGAGGUAAUGACGACUCUCCUGAAGAGAAGAAGGAGGAUGUCAGUGAGGGCAAGUCAGCAGCAAAACUGAAGGAAGCACCUUCCGCACCAAAUCAUGGGGAUGAAGAAGACGAAAUGGGGGAGGGGGGUGAUGAUAAACACAACGAUAAGGAUGCGGAAGAGGGGGAUAACGAAGAAGAUGACCCCAGCUAUGAGCCUGGUGUGGAUGGCAUGGAGGAGAUGACGGAGGACGAAGAGAAAUCCGCAAUGUUGAAUAUUGUUCUCUCGGAGUUGCUCCGCAAAUUUAGAGAGGAGAAUGGCCGUGGACCCAGCUCCGUAGAAGUAUUGGAAAUUCGGGCUUCCGUGGCAGAGCAAUUAGAAAUGGAAGUGGCGACGCAUGAGUCAAUCGAAGCUCAACAACAAAAACAUGAAGAAGAGAAUGGCGGUGGCAAAAAGCGAGCCGCCGCCGCUGUUGAUGCUGCUGCUGAAAAUGGCGACAGCGAAGCACAGCAACCGUCUUCCAAGAGAGUCAAAUUCCAUGAUAGCGUUGUCGACGAGGAGGAAGAGGAUUCCAAAAUGCCAGCACAGCCCAAACAACAACCGACAGGUUCGUGA